AUGCGCCCAAAGCCUUUCAAGGCUUUCCUCCCCUCCCUGAAAUGCAUCAGAGGACAGGUCGUCUUCAUCAAUACGGACAAAUCCCGUUGCGAUGCUCUUGUGCUUUCACCUAGCGGCGAGAUCAUCUUAGUGCCGCUUCCACAACUCUCGUUACAGCGUGCGUCCGAGCUACGCACGCAAUGGAUAGUACUCUUGCGGGAGCACAGUGCACGCGCACGCGGCAUGGCACCAUCCCAGCUCUCGCAUGACUCUUCAACUCCCCUCCAUCGCAUACUGGAACGUAUAUGGACCUGGAUCGUAGGCCCGGUCUUGCAGGCGCUCAAACUCGUGAUUGAUCCGGCUGACGCUGACCACCGACGCUCGCGCAUCACCUGGUGUCCAACGGGUCCAGUAACUCAGCUACCUUUGCAUGCUGCCGGGAUGUACAGUGACCCCGUCGGUCCGCGCGCUUAUGACCUGGUCGUGUCGUCCUACACACCAUCGCUGUCGGCGCUAUUGCGAAACUACGAAAGCGCAGCCAUGCACCCACCGACGCCGAACAUGCUCAUCGUAACUCAGCCGAACACGCCGCGUUUGGGCUUGCCGCUCCCGUACACCAUGAAAGAAGCCGUGCGUGAGAACAUUGGCCAGUAUCCAUGGGUACACUUCGCCUGCCACGGCUCGCAGGACCCGAUGGACGCCACGAAGAGCGCGUUCGAGCUAUACCAUAGCCCGCUGACGCUUGCGGACUUGAUGGGUACAGCAGCGGACAACGCCGAGCUUGCCUUCCUGUCGGCGUGUCAGACAGCCGUAGGUGACGACAAGGCACCAGAGGAGUCCGCGCACCUCGCAGCGGGUAUGCUCGCGGUUGGCUUCAGGGGCGUCGUGGCAACGAUGUGGUCCAUCCGCGACGCCGAUGCUCCCGUAGUCGUCAAAGCAUAG